GUUCAUAUUUUAAAAAUGGCGCCGGAAGAGUUUCGCGUCUCCGCGAACGGGAAACACUCAUGAAUAUUAUUCAUAGUUUGUGUUUCUAAGCACUCAUUGUACGCUGAACCUUCACCUAGACGUAUAGAUGAAUGCGUUAAGAGAUUCGUCUUUCAAMAUUUCAAUAACAACACACUAAAAAUGACCAAAAAUUACGACCAUCUCUUUAAAAUUAUCCUAAUCGGAGACUCUGGAGUUGGGAAGACUUGUAUUCUCUGCCGCUUUGCUAACGACGAAUUUAACAAGUCCCAUAUCUCAACGAUAGGUAUCGAUUUUAAGAUGAAAACUUUACUCGUCGAUGGCAAACGGAUAAGAAUACAGAUGUGGGAUACUGCUGGACAGGAAAGAUAUGAAACAAUCACCACACAGUACUACAGAAGGGCACAGGGGAUCAUUUUAGUAUAUGAUAUUACAAGAUUAGAUACUUUCCAUAAUAUUAAAAAAUGGUUGCGAUAUGUUGACGAGCAUGCCAAUAAUAAUGUACAGGUAUUAUUACUGGGUAAUAAAUGUGAUGUGGAAAAUCAAAGAAUAGUAUCAAAAGAAGUCGCUGUUAAGUUAGCAACAGAAAGAAAUAUACAGUUUUAUGAAACUAGUGCCUAUACAAACACAAAUAUAGACGAAGCAUUCAGAGAUAUAUGCAAGAAGAUACUUAAUGACAUAGAAGUCAAUCAGAAUGGCAGUCCUCUCAGAGGAGGGCCAGAUAUACGAUCGAGUGCAAUUUUUCUCGACACCAAAAAAGAAGUUCUAAAGGAGAAUCAAUGUUGUYCUGUCACAUGACUCACUGUCAUAUAAGUACUAUAUAAUACAUAUGUUAUUAAUAUUAUUAACAAUAACCAUUAACAGAUUGGUCAUUAAUAUUUAAGAGUACAUAUGUCCCUAGAUCCGGCCCCUCCCCUUCCAACACUAACAACAAUAUGGRCCUUGUCACAUGGUGCCAUUAGAAUAAAAAUAUUUGCUUAAGCAGGCAUAGCCCCAUCCUAAAACUUGAACAUGAGGCCAAAUGGGGAAAAUCUACAUGUAUUGCCCCAGUGGGCUGCACAGUGAUAUUUUUCAUUUAAAAAAUCCAUUGACUGGAAUUUCAGGCAACUGUCUUAUGACACCAUCUUCCUUUUCCGUAACAAAAUAUUUUUUCAUUGCUAUCUUGUUACAUCAACCAACAUAGCAGCCAAUUCAAUGUUUUUUUAUUUUCAUUUUUUUAUUUUUUGAAUGGUAUAUGUGGCCAACCUAAGUCAGCCCCACAGAAGGGUAAUUAUAAUAGUACAMACCCUCCCCCCAAGGGGUACCACACCCAUCACCCAUGUCUCACCUCAUACAUAAUCAAUGACCUAAGUCCUUAAGUACUUAAUAAGAUGUCAAGAAAUUUUAAAAUUGCAYGAAUAUCAAGAAAAUUAUAAGAAAUAAUUUAUUAUGAGUCUAAAAUGUAAAAAAUUGUUCUCAACUUAAUGAACCUCGAUGCCAUUGCAGAAAGUAUGCAAAAAUGUUUCAUACUCUCAUACAAGGCAACUGAACUCAUUACUCUAGAACAAAGAUGAGUUACAUAUCAAUACUGAGUUAAAAUAAGGCAUUUAUUUGUUAGAAGGGGAAUGUCAAAACUGCAGGUCCAAUAUCAGACUAUAUAUAUAUAUAUAUAUGUAGUGCAUACAUACACUGAAUUGCAGAAAUGUUGUAGUAUACAUUUAUACAAAUAUCUAAUGAGAUGCAUAAUGCAAAAUAACCUUUUUCAGUGCUUAAAAACAACUGAUUAAUAAACUGUACGAUCUAAUAGACAAAAAAAAAUAUUUUGAUAGUCAUUGAAUGAAACAAACAAUAAAUAAAGCGAUUUUUCAUAUUUUGCAUAUCAUUAAAUAUACUGAAUAAAUUAGAUGUAUGUAUAAUAAUGUAUACUACAACCUUUCUGCAAUCGAGUGUAUAUGCUCCYUUCCUAUAAUAUUUAUAAUAUUUUACCAAAACCUAUUUUUUACCAAAAACUUUUGUAUGUCCUUUACUCAUUUUCUAACCCCUAAAAAAGUCUUCACAACAGUACAGUCUUGACAAUCCUCAUCUGUUUUAAUAAAUGAAAGCCACCCUUUACUCUGAAUAGAAGCAAUGCUUAGAAAUGAAAACUGAGCUCUGAGUGCUUAUUUUGUACAUUAUAGUAAACAAGAGUGUGAACUUCAGGGUUGAAACCAGUGAAAUAGUUGGAAAACACAAUGCUGAACAAUCAGAAUAAUUUUUCAUUUCUUUCAUAGCUCUUGAGUAUUUUUUUUAUUUUGCAAAUAGAGUGAAGUCGUUAAACCCAUGAAAUAGAUAUUAGACUAAUACACAUUAGUAGACCUGAACUCCACUGUUUCCUUUUGUAUCUAUUUGACUAUUACAUGUUGACUAGUAAUUUUUAUUUCACAAGUUUAAUGCCUUCACUCUAGUUAAUAGCGUUUUUAUAAAUAUUUGUUAUGAAUAAACACAGUAAUAUAUUCAAACGUACUUCUAAAUAAUAUGUUGUCUAAUUGUUUGAAGCAACUAGUCCAGUCAAAUAUCCAUACCUAUAAAAGAAAUGGAAAGGGGUUSAGAGGGACAGAACGAAAUAUAUUUAGAACUUUGUGAAAAAUUACGAAGGAAGGCAUACAGGAUUAAUACCCAAUUUAGGAUUUGACAACCACAAACUAGCUACAUGUUGGUUUUAUCAUUUAAAAAAAGCCUAAAAGACAUUUUAAAACAAAUUUUGUUGUGAACACUACAUAAAAAACACUUUGACUACUUUACUGUAACACCUGGGAUAAGAAAAUAUAAACUGCUAAAGCUGCAAGGAGCAUUUGAAGAAAUUUGACCCAGUCUAUUCAGCAAAAAUUUUUAUUGUCCGUAAUCUGUAGUGUUGCUUGAAUAAGGUAAUACCUCUCCAUGAAGGAGGUAUGGAUAUUUUAUAGGACCAUUCAUUACCAUUAGUAUCAGAAAACAUACUGCCCACAAGAUGAAACGAUCUUGCUUUGCAAAGAGAAAUAAAACAUAUUUACUUUUUAAAA